CGAAAGCAUUUGAAGAAUUCCCACCACACUACCAAAUUUGACCAAAGUCGUAUUAUUUUGGCAAAUGGAGUCAAGCAUUCUGGAGUCAGUGGGUGCUGAGAUCAUCGGAGUUAUGUCUCCGGUGUCUCUUUGCAUGCUUCUUGUUGUUCUUCUAGUUUAUUCCCUCUCUUCUUCCAAUCCCCUUUCUGACCUUCCAAUUCGCACAGCAGCCAAUCUUGUCUACAUCGAAAACCACCAAGAUUCUACUGCCCAGAAGCUCGAAGGCGCUAUCCUUAACGCCUUGGUCUUUGUUGUUCUCACCGCCAUCGUUACAUUCUUGCAUGUCAUUCUUUAUUACUACAAUUUCACCAACUUCUUGAAGAAUUACACGCGCUUCGCCUCCUUCUUCAUCUUGGGUUUAAUGGGUGGUUCGAUAUUUUUGUCCAUAAUUCAGCAUUAUUCAAUACCUGUUGAUUCUAUAACAUUCUUUCUGCUGCUUUUUAAUUUGACUGUUGUGGGGGUGUUGUCGCUGUUUUCGGAUGGGAUGCCCAUUAUGUUGAGGCAAGGGUAUACGGUGUGUUUGGGAAUUAUUGCGGCAGCUUGGUUUACAAAGUUGCCGGAGUGGACUACCUGGGCUGUGUUGGUGGGAUUAGCUGUUUAUGAUUUGGUUGCAGUUUUGGCACCUGGUGGCCCACUUAAGUUGUUGGUGGAGCUGUCCUCGAGCCGGGAUGAGGAACCUCCUGCUUUGCUUUAUGAAGCUCGGCCAACUGUUUCAAGUAGUGGGAGAAAUCGAAGGUUGAGUAUGGAGCUACUGGUUGGUGGGGUUUCAGAUUCUGAGUCUGAGGAGUUGCAAGUUCUGUCUAGGGAAAGUGUGCAUCGAACAGAGAGAGUUGAACAUGACAGAAAUGACGAUGCAGUGGAGAGGCUGCCUUUAGUGUGUCGUUUAAGGGAAGAAUAUGAAUCAAGUAGUGGUUCAUCAUCUGAGUAUUCACCAGUGUUUGUCAGUAGGCAAAAUGAGAUUUCCGUGGAUAAGGAGAUGUCACCUCUUGUUGAUAUGAUGGGGUUGGGGUCACCAACAAGCAGUGGUUGCUCGGAGGAUGGGGUGGCAGUGAGGGGAGGUAUCAAACUUGGUCUUGGAGACUUCGUUUUCUACAGUGUUCUUGCCGGGAGAGCUGCAAUGUAUGAUCUAAUUACAGUAUAUGCUUGUUAUCUUGCAAUUAUUUCUGGACUUGGGUGUACUCUGAUUCUGUUGUCUGUGUGCCGUCAAGCUCUUCCUGCCCUCCCUAUAUCAAUUACAUUGGGUAUCCUAUUUUACUUCUUGACUCGAUUGUUGUUGGAACCUUUUGUUGUCAGUACAGCAACGAACUUGAUGAUGUUUUGAUUCUUAAAACUUUUGAAACCGAUUACAGUGUUUAAAGAAACGGCAGUUUUGUUGGCAUGAGUUCUUUAUACAGAUUGGAAAUUGUUUCUACUUGAUCAAUCUCUCAUUAGUACUCAUGUAAGCUUUUCCUGAUU